ACCUGUCAGUGUUCAUAACCAUCAUUCGAACAAAGUAACUGAUUUCGCGUGAUUUAGUGUAACGUGGAUCUAAAUAUCAUAAUUUGCUGCUCACGUAUCUCGGGAUAACAACUAAAUUUUAUUACUACGUCACAGAUUCAUACGUCAAAACUGAUGUACAUACAUAUACUACGAUUCGUUGAAUUUCCGUCGUUAUCGCCGCGCCUGUGAAUCCAUAUCGCGUUAAAAACAAUCUGACAUUUAAUGUGGGCGUUUAAUCGUGAUGCAGAGAGAUCGACUGCCAGGAGUACGGACAUGCGAAUUCCUACACGCUCGGCGCCUCGUCCACCCCCUAGUUCAACAGCACAAAGAAACUCUCUUUGGGGCAGCACAAAUGAUGUUUUUGGAUCUACAUUUACACAACAGCCUAUUCAGAAAAAAAAACCACCUCCUCGGCCGCCACCACCAAAAUUUAAUCCAAAUUAUGCACAGGCACAGAAAGAGAAAUUAAAGAAACCAGCAAGGCCAACAGAACUUUUGACCAAUCUUUUUGGAAGAAAGAGAAGCGAACAUUUUACCACAGCGCAAUUUAAUAGUCAAACCCACAAUACGCUACUGCAAUCAGAAAAUACAAAUGGAUCAGUUUGCUUGAUAGAUCUCAGUCCACCUGGAUCUCCAACAUUCACGACUCGAUCGAGUAGCGACGGCGUUAGCGUUGAUAGUUUUGGCAGCGAUGGUAACUCAAAUCCAUCUGCAUUUACAAGCAGUGGAAAUACAUCUCAAACAGAGAGUGCCUUUGAAGAUGAUUUUGACUUUUUUGGAUUAACCACAAAAAAAGUACAACAAAAUGAUCCUUGGCAAGUUAAUCCAGUGUUAGAUCCGUUUGGACCAUUAGAAGCUACUAAUAAUUAUAAUUCAUCACAAUCCGUAAAACACGUGGGGGAAGCGUCUUUUUUCGCUUAUAAUACAAACAAUCAUUUUGACAAUAAAGUGCUUUCCAAUCAAGCAAAUUUAAAAGUCCCUCAAUCAAUGCCAACUAUUAUUCGUGCAAAACCAUCCAAAGCAAAACUUCUACAAAAGAGUUUAGAACAGAAAAUUAAUCACGCAGAAACCGAUUUAAAUUCUUUAAGUAAAACAACAGUGCCUUCGUCUAAGUCAAUGACGUUAGAUUUAACACAUUCAUGGCCAAGCAAUUCUAAAAGUAGUCCUUCACCACCGAUGCCCACAAUACCACCACCUGCGCCACCAUCAGAGUAUUUAAGCGAAGUAAAUAGUGAUGAGCUUUUGGUCAACAGCGAAGAACCUCAUGGUAUCGCGCUUUACGAUUUUCCACUUACACAUACAGAUGAUUUACCGUUCAAAGAAGGUGAUAUCAUAUAUUUAAUAAAAAAGGUGAAUGAUGACUGGAUGGAAGGUAGAAUAGGAAAUCGACAAGGAAUAUUUCCUAUUAAUUUUAUUGAUAUCAAAGUACCAUUGCCUGGUGUUCCAGACAAUGUUGUUACUGCGAUUUAUUCUUUUAAAGGUGAAGCACCGGAAGAUCUAACAUUUAAUGAAGGGGAAAAAAUUACAGUUUUAUCAAGGAUAUCAGAAGAUUGGCUGUAUGGUGAGUAUAGAGGUCGAAAGGGACAAUUUCCAGUAAACUAUGUCAACAGAGUUCCAUGUAAUAUUCCACUAUCAUAUUAAUUUACAUGGUUAGUAUAUUAUAAAUUGUAGUAUCAUAAUAUUUUCUCUACUACAAAUUCGAGUCUUACUCUUUAUACCCGAUAAAUAUUUUUGCUAUGGUAUUGUAUUAUAAAAAUGAAAUUGAAAGUUUAAGAUUCAGCAAUGAAAUCAUAUUUUCCUUAGCCACGUUGAAUGGCCGAAGAUACAUUUCAUAAAAUUGUAUUCUCAAAAAGACUGAAUUGCAUGCAAGUAUGCAUUGCCUUGCAAAUCUAAAAGAAGAAACGAUCUUUUUUACCGUUUUUUAAAUCACAUUUUUUGGAAUGAAAGGUUUAUGUUUUGAGAGUGUAAUAUUGUAAGGGUACAGUAAGAGUAAUAGUUUCCCGCAAUGUUUCAACAAAACUAUAUUUUUAAUUAUCUUUACGUCAUAAAUAUUUGAAAUCGAGGGAUUGUAGUAUUUCUAAUAUCGUAAGAGAUUAUAUUCAUUCGGAACUUUCGAAAUGCAACAUAAGUAAAGUAACGUUUUUCACUAUCGUAAAAAUAGUUAAUUGUCAAACAAUUAGUCUCCAACUAUUAUACAUAAUAUAUUCCUUCAUUUGAUAAAAUACACGUAAUUGUAAAAUACAUUCAAAAUAUUUAUGUAUAAAACUUUAUUAUAAUCUUUCUCGUCUGAAUGUCAGUAUCUGACAAAAUAAUACCUUCAUAAUUUAAGUGUUAAAUAAGUUGCCCCUUGCAUAAAAAAGAGCAAUAUGUUACUGUAUAGUUACUGCUUAAAUUUUAAUAUAGUAAUAUUUUAUAUCUAAAUUUCUGUAAUGGAUUGUGUUUGAUGAAUUAAUGAUUGGAUUAACGCCGGCGUUUUCAGCAAACAUUUCUAAAUUAGAAUGUUUGACAGUCAUUUCAAAUACAUGUGUACAACAUGCUAUACAUAUAUAAGUAACAUACGAGACGGUUGUAUUUUUCCGUCUGUAUAUAAAAUACGUCAAGCAUUAAUAAGAUUAAUGUAAAAUCAUUAUUAAAUACAUAACAUUUUUAUGUAUUUAAUAAAUGUAUGAAGAAUGCAGCAAUUUUUUAACGAUUUUGUGUAACUUAUACUAAAUUUUUUGAGGAUUAAAAUUAAGUAUGAUGUAGAAUUAACCAACAGAUAAACCGUCAAAUUACAUACAUGUUCAUUUUAUUUUAAAUGUCGUAUAAUAAUUAUAUAAUAUAUAGAACAGAAAGAAG